GCCAGCGCCAAGCGGAAGCAGGAGGAGAAGCACCUGAAGAUGCUGCGGGACGUGACCGGCCUCCCGCACAACGGAAAGUGCUUCGACUGCGACCAGCGCGGCCCCACCUACGUGAACCUGACGGUGGGCUCCUUCGUCUGUACCUCCUGCUCCGGCUGCCUGCGAGGGUUAAAUCCACCACACAGGGUGAAAUCUAUCUCCAUGACAACAUUCACACAACAGGAAAUUGAAUUCCUACUAAAACAUGGAAAUGAAGUCUGUAAACAGAUUUGGCUAGGAUUAUUUGAUGAUAGAUCUUCAGCAAUUCCAGACUUCAGGGAUCCACAAAAAGUGAAAGAGUUCCUACAAGAAAAAUAUGAAAAGAAAAGAUGGUAUGUACCACCAGAACAAGCCAAAGUAGUGGCAUCUGUUCAUGCAUCUAUUUCAGGCUCCUCUGCCAGUAGCACAAGCAGCACACCUGAGGUCAAACCACUGAAAUCUCUUUUAGGAGAUUCAGCAGCAGCCCUGCACCUAAACAAGGGCACACCUAGUCAGUCCCCUGUUGUAGGUCGCUCUCAAGGACAGCAGCAGGAAAAGAAGUUUGACCUUUUAAGUGAUCUUGGCUCAGACAUAUUUGCUGCUCCAGCUUCUCAGUCAUCAGCUACAGCCAAUUUUGCUAACUUUGCACAUUUCAACAGUCAUGCAGCCCAGAAUUCUGCAAAUGCAGAUUUUACAAACUUUGAUGCAUUUGGACAGUCUAGUGGUUCGAGUAAUUUUGGAGGUUUCCCCACAGCAAGUCACUCUCCUUUUCAGCCCCAAACUACAGGUGGAAGUGCUGGAUCAGUAAAUGCUAAUUUUGCUCAUUUUGGUAACUUCCCCAAAUCCUCCAGUGCUGAUUUUGGAACCUUCAGUACUUCCCAGAGUCAUCAAACAGCAACAACUGUUAGUAAAGUUGCAACAAAUAAAGCUGGUCUUCAGGCUGCAGACAAAUAUGCAGCACUUGCUAAUUUAGACAAUAUCUUCAGUGCUGGACAAGGUGGUGAUCAGGGGAGUGGCUUUGGGACCGCAGGUAAAGCUCCUGUUAGUUCUGUGGUUUCACUUCCCAGUCAAUCAAGUGCAUCUUCAGACAAGUAUGCAGCUCUGGCAGAACUAGACAGCGUUUUCAGCUCUGCAGCCACCUCCAAUAAUGCGUACACUUCCACAAGUAAUGCCAGCAGCAAUGUUUUUGGAACAAUACCAGUGGGUGCUUCUGCACAGACACAGCCUGCUUCUUCAAGUGUGCCUGCUCCAUUUGGAGCUACACCUUCCACAAAUCCAUUUGUGGCUGCUGCUGGUCCUUCUGUGGCAUCUUCUACAAAUCCAUUUCAGACCAACGCCAGAGGAACAACAGCGGCGACCUUUGGCACCGCAUCCAUGAGCAUGCCUGCGGGCUUCGGGACGCCUGCACCCUAUAGUCUUCCCACCAGCUUCAGUGGCAGCUUCCAGCAGCCUGCCUUCCCAGCCCAAGCAGCUUUCCCUCAACAGACAGCUUUUUCUCAACAGCCCAAUGGUGCAGGUUUUGCAGCAUUUGGACAAACAAAGCCAAUGGUAACCCCUUUUGGUCAAGUUGCAGCUGCUGGAGUAUCUAGUAAUCCUUUUAUGACUGGUGCACCGACAGGACAAUUUCCAACAGGAAGCUCAUCAACCAAUCCUUUCUUAUAGCCUUAUAUAGACACUUUACUGGAAAGAACUUUUACAUGGUCACAUUACAUCUCUCCGCCUCUUGCACUGUUGUCUUGUUUCACUGAUCUUAGCUUUAAACUCAAGAGAAGUCUUUAAAAAGCCUGCAUUGUGUAUUAAACACCAGGUAAUAUGUGCAAAACAGAGGGCUCCAGUAACAACUUUUAACCUGUGAAUUGGCAGAAAAAGGUAGCGGUAUCAUGUAUAUUAAAAAUUGGCUAAUAUUAAGUUAUUGCAGAUACCACAUUCAUUGUGCUGCAGUACUGUACAUAUUUUUCUUAGAAAUUAGCUAUUUGUGCAUAUCAGUAUUUGUAACUUUUAACACAUUGUUAUGUGGAAAAUGUUACUGGGAAAAUAGAUCAGCCACUUUCAAGGUGCUGUCAUGUAUCUCGGAAUGAAUGACCUGAAAUCAUUUUAACCAUUGCUACUGGAAAGUUACAAAGUCGGAAGUGGAAGGUUUUAUUCAGUCUUGGAUUUUUCCCUCCUAAAGAGCUCUUCUAUUUAUACAUGCCUAAAUUCUUUAAAGAUGUAGGAGGAUACCUGUCUGCAUAAUAAAGCUGAUCAUGUUUUGCUACAGUUUGCAGGUGAAAAAAAUAAAUAUUAGAAAAU